UGUGCGGUGGACGGAAGGCAGGGUGGGCUGAGGCUGGAUGACUCCCAGUUUUGUGUUCCUCCAGGUCACCAUUCUCGUCAGCCUGGCCCUCGCUUUCCUCGCCUGCAUCGUGUUCCUGGUGGUUUACAAAGCCUUCACCUAUGACCACAGCUGCCCAGAGGGAUUUGUCUAUAAGCACAAGCGCUGUAUCCCGGCCUCUCUGGAUGCUUACUACUCAUCCCAGGACCCCAAUUCCAGAAGCCGCUUCUACACGGUCAUCAGCCACUACAGUGUGGCCAAGCAGAGCACUGCUCGGGCCAUCGGGCCGUGGCUGUCGGCGGCUGCUGUCAUCCAUGAGCCCAAGCCGCCCAAGACCCAGGGCCAUUAGAGGCCCACCCCCAGCCAGAAUGGGGGGUGCGGAGGGGGACCCCCCAUUGGCUAAGCCAAGCUCCAGUUACAAGACACCACUGUACUCCUGGGAU